AUGGCGGGAAUUGAAGAGACGAGUCGGGACGAAACAGAGAGCAACUUGUUCCUAAAAGACACUGCACCUCCGGAAUUUGGGACUACUUCGUAUCAAACUCACAAAUUAAAAACAGGAAGAGGAAGCUCGGCUGUAUGUUACCCUUUGGUCUUCAAUGACAUCAUGGGUCUGGUGGAGGGGACUAAUGCUGGUGUUCAUCCAGACGACAUCAAACUGGCCAUGAGAGGCCACGUGAGGGAAGGUCACAAGUUCAACCCAGUGGCUCCACUGUCAGAAGAAGAUCCCAGCUACAACCAGACCCCCUCUGCAGAUGACAAAGUUCAUGUUCUGGUCUGUAUUCAUUCUGCCAACGCAUCAGAAAUUAAGGACUCGGUUCUGGAAAAGAUGAGCAGCAUCAGACAGGCAGCCAGUGACUUGGGGAUUCCUCAAAUGGCAAUCAUUACCAAAAUUGAUGAGGCCUGUCCUGAAACUCAGAAAGACCCGAAGAAUGUGUAUGAGAGCAAACACCUGAAAAAGAAGAUGAGUGAGUUCAGCUCUGCACUGGGAAUCCAAAUGAACUGCAUCUUUCCUGUGAAGAACUACAGCGAGGAAAUCAAAACUCACGAGGAUGUUGACACGCUGAUUUUGAGCGCGCUCAGAAGCAUGAUCAACUUUGGAGACGACUUCAUUGAAAAUCUUUAA